AUGUGCCCCGUAUCAGGGACCGCAUCAGGGAGCGCAUCAGGGACCGCAUCAGAGAGCAUCAGGGACCGCAUCAGAGAGAGCAUCAGGGACCGCAUCAGAGAGAGCAUCAGGGACCGCAUCAGGGACCGCAUCAGGGACCGCAUCAGGGACCGCAUCAAAGACCGCAUCAAAGACCGCAUCAGGGACCGCAUCAGGGACCGCAUCAGGGACCGCAUCAGAGACCGCAUCAGGGACCGCAUCAGGGACCGCAUCAAAGACCGCAUCAGGGACCGCAUCAGGGACCGCAUCAGAGACGGCAUCAGGGACCGCAUCAGAGAGAUAGCAUCAGAGACAGCAUCAGGGACCGCAUCAGGGACUGCAUGA